AUGGCUUCAAUUCUUCAGAAAUCUCUGCAAAAUCAAUUUCUAUCAGCCGCAAGAAUCACCACAAUCCUCAGCUCUAAACCUACACCUACAUCACCUAUGUUCCAUCAUCCUUCUUCUAGUAGGAUUGGUCAAAUCCCAUGUUUUCUUCAAGGAGGAACAUCGAAUUCGAAAUUGAAUGUUGGGUUUUACCCAAGCUUUUCUUUUGGGCAUUUCCUAAAUCCAGUUUCUCAAAAUGGAUUGAUUUCAUCUGAGGAAUAUAACAUUGUUGAUGACGAGUCACAUAAGAUUUGGGCUGAUAGUGUGAAGAAGAAGAGGAAGAAGAUGAUGACCAAACACAAGUUGAAGAAGUUAAGGAAGAGCCUAAGGAGGAAGACAUAGUGUAUCUGACACUGUGUCAUCGGUGAGGAAUUUGUUAUUGAGGCUGCAUUUUGUCGUGUUUAGCUUUUGUGAAUCUCUAUCUGGCACAACGUCCAUUUUUUCAGUUUGAAAUGCUGGAAAGCUAUAA